UCUAACGUUGCCGUGAAGAACAUCGCGGAGAAGCUGGCGGUUGUGGGAUUUCUGGAUUUCAGGUUACUGAUUUCGCACGAUUUUCACUUUGAUUGGCAUGAACAUCUAUACGAGAAGAUUGGGCCUAAAAUUAUUGUUUCCGACAAGUUCCCGAAGACUACGUCGGAUGCUGAGUCCAAGCUCGAAGGUGCCAAGGUCAUACUCUGUACACUGAGCAUGCUGUCGAACCCAAAGUGCUCCGUAUUCACCACCGUGGUCCCUGUCGAAACUGUCAUCGUUGACGAAGCUAGCCAAAUCGAGAUCGGUAACUACGUACCGCUAGUACACCUGUUCAAGACCACAGUGUCGAAGUUGGUGUUUAUCGGCGAUGAUAAGCAGUACUACAUCUCUGCAGAGAUCUACAGUGGCAAACUCAACUCCAAUCCUAAACACCGUGUACCAAAGACAACUCCAUCCUGCUUUUUCAUUGAUAUUCCUGAGGGAAAGGAGCAAAAAGAUGGGACAUCAUGGAUGAAUAUCAAGCAAGCAGAGGCUGUAGCAUCAUUAGCUCAGAUCCUUCAAGAGGCAGAGGUCUCUUUUAAGAUCAUCACUCCGUAUGACCCACAGCGCAACCUUCUAGAGAAGACUCUGAGGGACAAUGGCCUUGGUUGGGAAAAUAAGUGCUUCAAUGUCGACUCUUUCCAAGGAAAUGAGGAUGACUAUAUCAUCAUCUCCCUUGUUCGCUCGAAAGACCCAGGCUUCCUCGAUAACCUACGCCGUACCAAUGUCAUGCUCACCCGAUGCAAGCGCGGAAUGUUCAUCUGCGCUAAUAAGAAGUUCUUGCUCGAAGGGAAGGGAAAGGAUACCUUGGUCGGGAAGAUGGCGGCAGAGUGGGGAGAGAAAGGGUGGGUAGAGAUAAAGGAUAUUGAGGAAGAGAUGAGUGACAAGGCAUAG